GAUCAUUGACAUUAUAAAUUUUCCAUAAUAAAAUCACCUAACUUUACUUAUCGAUUACAAUGAGACCCCGCUAUAUUUAUUGGGGAAACACAUGUUAGUCCAUGGUAAAUAUCGAUUUCUCAAAAAGGAAACUUGGCACCAAUGCAAGAACUUACGCCAAAAAUUCCUAACCUCAACUGUCAACAUCAAAUACGUAAACAAACAGCAUAACCUAAAAAAAUUAAAAUUAUUCAACAAUCACAAAUUGUAACGAAAACUUUCUAAUGUCAGUACCAUGUCUGAUAAGUCUCAACAGCAACAAUGCAAAUUUUUCGUACAACGAAAAAAGCGUUACUGCAAAAUGUUAGUGAAACCGAACCAACAGUUUUGUGGGGAGCACCAGAAACCUUUAGACCCCACAGAUGCGGACGAAUCAAACACAUCAUCCAUAAGAAUAGCAUGCCCUUUAGAUGGCAAACAUACCGUUUACGCGCACAAUUUACAAAAACAUUUGAAAAUAUGUAAUGCCCGGCCAGGCGAAGUAGAACCGUACAUCAUUAAAGACAUCAACUCUGGUAACUCGGAAGUACCCAUAGAGUUAGCUUCCACUGACACUUAUCAAAUGCUUUACACAUUUUCCAAAGACCAAAUUGCCACAGUUAUCGAUAAAGUCAGUAAGUUAUAUGAGCAUAUCAGUGUAACUGAAAAAAUGCCUCAAUUUACAAUUGUUGAGGAAGAAAUGAAGAAGCCAGAAUAUGGUCCUAAAACUAUUAAGCAUUUAAAGCAAGCAUCUGCUAUAGUAGGCAUGUUAGAACACUACGAUAUGUUAAAAGAUGACAGUUGUUUUAUAGAAUUUGGUGCUGGCAGAGGCCAGUUAAGUUGUUGGGUAGCAGAAGCAACAAAUAACAAGAAAAAUUGCAAAAUAUUAUUAGUAGAACGAGCAUCCCCGAAGCACAAAAGGGAUAAUAAACUAGCAAGGGUUUCUGACAGGAUUCAAAGGAUCAGGGCUGACAUAGCACACUUAAGUUUAGAUAAAUAUGAUUUUCCAAAAGAUACUAAACAUAUCAUAGGGAUAACAAAGCAUUUAUGUGGAGAGGCAACCGAUUUAGCAAUCAGAUGUUUAGCCAACAGUGAAUCUAAUAAGAAAAAAAUUGGUGGUGCAGUGUUCACAUUUUGCUGCCAUCACAGGUGCAGAUGGACCCCUUACACUGGCAAACAAUUCUUUGAAGAAAACAAUUUGGGAAUCACAGAAUUUAACAUUAUGUGCGGUCUAUCCAGUUGGGCCACAUGUGGAACAGGAUUCAGCAGGGAGUAUAGGGAAGAGCUAAAAAUUCAGCCAAACAAACAAAUUAAAUUGGACUUAAAUGACUAUGGUUUAAGUCGAGAAGAAAGGGAGGAUAUUGGAAGGAAAUGUAAGAAUGUUAUUAAUUAUGGAAGGUUAUUGUUUUUAGAACAGUUUGGGCUUAAGUGCCAGUUACAUUUUUAUGUUGAGAAAGAUGUUACGUUAGAGAAUGUAUGUAUUGUAGCAUAUAAAAGGUAAUAAAAAUUGUAUGUAAGUAAAA